UGUCUAUACUUGAAAAAAUUGAAGUUGGUACUAUACUUGCGCUUUUGUAGUCGCGUUUUGAGAAAAACUAUGCUAAAAUGCUAUUAUAAUUUGUUGUUAUAGAAUUGGUGCCUCAGAAUUCGUUACAAACACGUGCUGUGCAAAGACAAUUGGAUAUUUUUUUACAAUUAUAUGAUUACCUGCUUUCAUUUGAUAAAUUGCGCUAGACCGCAUAUAUAAAAUGGCAGCCCUACCACGUAGAAUAAUCAAAGAGACACAGCGACUUAUGCAGGAACCCGUGCCGGGUAUCAGCGCAGUGCCUAGUGAAACCAAUGCCCGUUAUUUUCACGUAAUCGUUACCGGCCCGGAAGACUCUCCAUUCGAAGGUGGACUUUUCAAAUUAGAACUUUUCCUGCCAGAAGACUAUCCCAUGUCGGCGCCUAAGGUUAGGUUUAUUACGAAAAUUUACCAUCCGAACAUAGACCGACUGGGUCGUAUAUGCUUGGAUAUAUUGAAGGACAAAUGGAGCCCAGCUCUACAGAUACGCACGGUGCUGCUGUCGAUCCAGGCGCUGCUGUCGGCGCCAAACCCGGACGACCCACUUGCAAACGACGUAGCCGAGCUGUGGAAGGUGAAUGAAAGCGAAGCAAUUCGAAACGCAAAGGAGUGGACACGAAGAUAUGCCAUGGACAACUGAGCGGUCGCGAGCCUCGCGCCGCCCGCACGCACCCAUCAGUGCCUAUCCCACGCGCGUGACUCGAAGGGGACGAAAGUAAAAAAAAUAUCAUGAUUUUAAGAGUGCAAGUUACGUUUACAUCCUAGGCCCAAUAACUUGUGAAGAGACAAUUGUGAAGAAAUUUAUAUAAACGGUGGGCGAGGGCGCAGCGCGCGGCCUGCGCCCGCCGGCAACCUUAGCAUUUCUACAGCCUCGCCCAGAGCCGGCAGCCCGCCUGCCUGACUGCCCGACCCUGCCCCCUCAUUGUUUAACCCUCACUUGUAGCUUCGUUAUGAUAUUAGGUAUGCAUAUUUUUUUACUAUAAUUAAAAAUAGUGAAUAUGGAGUAUCAGGAGACUUAAAUGUAUAUAUUUCAUGGUUAUUAAAUUUGGUUAAUUUUAUACAAAGGAAAAAGUGUCAUCACAAAGUUCAACGCCUUUGUAAAAGAAUCUUAUCUAUUGUAUUUUGUUGCAAGACCUGAUAAACUAUAGGAAACAACAAUACUAUCAGAUCUGUAGCUAACUAAAGCAGAACUUUGUUUUUGAACUCUAUAACAAUUGUUUUAGGUAACUUAUUUUCCAUUUCCAAACACUGUUCACUUAAUUUUAUUGUCUCUUAUGUGUUCUCUAUUUGUGUCUUGUAUUAAAAGAGUCAUCAACAAAUUGUA